GGUCGUGCAACGUGUGUGACUGUAAAUAUCAGAGUGACGAUUGCAUCAGAUAGCUCUCUCUCAGGGCGUAAAAGGAAAGAGACGAAGCCGUACAAAAGAGGGCUCUUCCACCAUCUCCGUACCAUCUGAAUCUUCUACUCUCUCUCUCUCCCUCGAAGAUGGAGAAGUAUGACCGUGUGGUGAAGAAGAAGGAGGAGAGGACGAUUGAUGCGAACGAGAUUCGUAUCACUAGCAUGGGCAGGGCACGGAACUACAUCACCUAUGCCAUGACUCUUCUUCAAGAAAAAGGGUCGACUGAAGUUGUGUUCAAGGCAAUGGGAAGAGCUAUCAACAAGACUGUGAACAUUGUGGAGCUGAUUAAGAGAAGGAUCCCUGGUCUUCAUCAGAACACAUCUAUUGGAUCCACCGAUAUAACAGACACAUGGGAACCUAAAGAGGAAGGCCUUCUACCUAUUGAGACCACAAGGCAUGUUUCCAUGAUAACCAUUAUCCUAUCCACGAAAGAGCUUAAUACAUCCUCUGUUGGGUAUCAGUGCCCAAUUCCUAUUGAGAUGGUGAAGCCUUUAGGCGAUAUCGACUAUGAAGGAGGAGAGGGUUCACCUGGUGGCAGAGGCAGAGGAAGGGGAAGAGGAAGAGGGAGGGGAAGAGGUGGCAGAGGAAAUGCAUAUGUGAACGUUGAGUAUGAAGAUGGAGGUUGGGAACGUAACCAGUCUUAUGGUAGAGGAAGAGGCCGUGGCAGAGGACGCAGCAGUCGUAGUCGAGGAAGAGGAGGGUACAAUGGUCCUCAAAAUGAGUAUGAUGCACCAAAAGAUGGAGGUUACGGUUAUGAUGCUACUCAUGAACACCGUGGAUAUGAUGAUCAUGGUGGUUAUGAUGGUCCUCAUCAGGGCCGAGGUGGUUACAAUGGUCGUCAGGGCCGUGGUGGUUAUGAUGGUCCUCGUCAUGGUCGCGGUGGUUACAAUGAUCGUCAGGGCCGCGGUGGUUAUGAUGGUCCUCGUGAGGGCCGUGGUGGUUAUGAUGGUCCUCAUCAGGGUCGCGGUGGUUACAGUGGUCGUCAGGGUCGUGGUGGUUAUGAUGGUCCUCAUCAGGGCCACGGUGGUUACGACGAUUCUCAUCAGGGCCCUGGGGGUUAUGAUGGUCCUCAGGGUAGUGGUGGUUACGAUGCUCCUCCGCAGGGCCGUGGGCGUGGACGUGGAAGGGGAGGUCGUGGAAGAAGUCGAGGAGGUCGUGGUGUUGGUGGUGGUUUCAACAACAGCUCAGAUGGACCAACAAACCAGGCAGUCGCUUGAGACAUGCGAGUGAGGUUUCUGUUGCACAAACAUAAAAUGAAAAAAAGCCAAGUCGUUGGAUGUUUUUUUUCUUCUAUCUCCUUGCUCUCUUCUCUCUAUAUGUUUGUUUAUGUCCAUCAAGACGACAUGCUUGCCAUAAAUGUAUCUUUUUUUUUAUCAAUUGAUUUCUUUAGUUUGUGACA